UGUUGCGUGGUCGACCAGCUGCAAGCACCGUCUCACGCAUCGGUAAUGGGAUCUUCACUUGGCUCCAAGAAAAACUUCCAGUUUUUUCGAGUGUUCGCUCUUGAAAAGUUACUUUUCAAACUGCGGGGAUAGUUGUCACCGCGCAGGUGCGGGCGGACGAGAAGGCCCCGCGUGUCUACAUGCCAGCCAAGACGCACCAGGACGGCUCAUUCAGUGCGUAAAGGUGUGCGUAAAGUUGAUGCGCAAUCCCAGGAACUUUUUUAAACGGUCCCUUGCGAAGAUUUGGCGAUCAUGGCGAAAUGGUUCAGAGAUUUCCCCAUCAACUUGAAGAACGGAAGCGACCGAGCGCGCUCGGCGUCCGAAUCCGGUCCACCAACCCGCCACAAGGCGUCAUUCUCCCGGGACAGCCUGAAGGGAAACGCGCGUAAAGACAGCGGAGUGGCGGCCUUGCUGACCGGGAGGGCCAGGAAGAAUUCGGCCACGGAGUUGGGCCGCAACAACAACAUCAACAGCGGUUCUGCCGGUGGAACCGUGUGGGAAACUCUGGCCCCGAAAAGCCGUAAUAAGAACCCCAGCAAGGUGGAAGCACCGGAAGAGAAGACGCAGGUCAGCAGGACGUCCAGCUUGGCUCAAGCUUACAUCAGCAGGAUGAUUAAAGUGGACAAGCAGGACAAAACGCACAAACUCGACGACAUAAGUGAGCAGAAGAAGCCCGAGAGUGAAGAUGGAAGAUCUGCAAUCAAAACUACACUGAUCAUCCUGGAGGACUACGCCGAUCCUUUCGACGCGGAGAAAACCAAAGAGCAGAGAGAGGCGGAGAGAGCUGGCGUCAACGACGGUUACAUGGAGCCUUACGAUGCCCAGGUCAUCAUCACAGAAGUUCGCAGACGGGGCUCCAAAGACCUCCUCAAAGUGUGCGUUCUGCUGGACCGAGGCCAGGCGGAGAGGAAGCCAGAGGAGGGGAAGCUGCCCCCGCCGCAGAAUAUCUACGAUACGCCGUACGAAGGCAGACUGGAGGGCGACAGCCAGGGCGUGUGGAUCCCUGUCACCCGUCCAGAGUCUGACAUCCGUCCGGCCGGAGAGUACGAGCUGCCCUGGGAGUGGCGGAAGGAGGACAUUGUUCGAGCCCUGUCAGCUCAGUUUGAAGCCGUGGAUUGUUCGGCCGCCAAAGAAAAUGCUUCCAUCUCAAUCCGCCAGCAGCAGAACCACACUCUGAGACAGAAGAACUGGAGCCAUAAGACACUCGUCUCCACCUCUUCAUCCUCCUCCUCCUCCUCGCCAUCCUUCCCGUCGUCACCCAUUCUCAAACUCUCCCCGAUAACGACGACAUCGCCUUCAUUCCCUACUCUGAAACUGUCGCCCUCCUCCAGCCCCAACAAACCUUCCUCUCCUACCUCGGCCAGUGCCCCACUGGAUGGGGAGGUGGCCAAAGUGGACUCGAGCCUGCCGCUGGACAAGCAGAGCUGGUACCAUGGCAGUGUGAGUCGGCAGCAGGCUGAGGCUCAGCUGCAGCGCUGCAGGGAAGCCAGCUUCCUGGUGAGAGACAGCGAAUCAGGAACCAGCAAGUACUCCAUCGCUCUCAAGACCAGUCAGAGUUGUGUGCACAUCAUCGUUGCCCAGACGAAGAGCAGCAAAGGUCUGGGCUACACUCUCGAUCAGAGCAGCUGUGUCUUCUCCAGCAUCCCCGAGCUGGUCCAGCACUACUGCACGCACAGACUGCCUUUCACCGGAGCCGAGCACAUGACCCUGCAGCACGUGGUGCAACGUUUGCACUGAACGUACAUGUUACUAAGGUGCACAACGCUCAUACUCAAGGAUUUUUUUCUUUUUGAUGGAUUUGAAUCCCAUGCGGGAGCCAGAAAAGUGUGGUCAUGAUAACUUGAAUGUGAGUGGAGUGAAAGUUCAUCCAUCACCAAUCAAAUGAAAACGUAGAUGACAACUACACUGACAGGUCUUAUGUUAUUUCUCGCUAUUCUUUGACUGAAGGAAUGUCGAGAUUCUGAUAAAGCUGCUUGAACGAGUAACCCCAUUCACUCAAAUGACUGCAUGUGGCCUUCCCGAUUUACACUACGCUUGUGAUUACAGUGGAACCUCCAAAGUCAAACCUCCCUUAAAAAAUGCAUCUUUCGGAAUUCAAAACUAAAGAAAUAAAUCUGCUGCUGAAGUCGCAGUGAGCACCCGGAGAUUUAUGUUGUUUUCUUUCUAACAAUUAUCCCUAAAGAUUAAAGUUAAAAGUUAAAGUACCAAUGAUUGUCACACACACACACACACUCGGUGUGGCGAAAUGAUUCUCUGCAUUUGACCCAUCACCCUUGAUCACCCCCUGGGAGGUGAGGGGAGCAGAGAGCAGCAGCGGUGGCCGCGCCCGGGAAUCAUUUUUGGUGAUUUAACCCCCAAUUCCAACCCUUGAUGCUGAGUGCCAAGCAGGGAGGUAAUGGGUCCCAUUUGUAUAGUCUUUGGUAAGCCAUUCAGAGCAAUUGUACAUGCAUUUGGCUUUUUGUAACAUUACCCUAUUGAAGCAGACUCCUAGUGUUAGCCAUUAUUACUGGAUGUGCAGCACAUGUGUAGAAAACAUGCACCUGUUAUUAGCAUGAUGGCACUCUGUGCACACUAUAACAUACCUGGAAAGCAGGGGCGUCCAAACUUUUUCCCAAUAAGGCCCGCACACUAAAAUAUUUAAGCAUUUUGAUAUUUUUCAUGAUCAAAACCAAAAUAAAGAUUUUUUUUUAUUUUUUACUUUUAGCGCUACCCUAAAAAUAAGUUACUGGGGCGGGGGCCAAAAGGGUUUCACUCAUAAAAAUGUUAAACAUAAAUCAAUUAUUAUUAUUAUUUAAUUCAACGCCUACAGCGAAUCUCUAAAAUCAACUCAGGUUAAUAGGUCGAUAGAAAGUUAAAAAAAAAAAAAAUGUUUUAUGAGCUUUUUGUCAAAGAAAACCCUGUUUAUGAAGGCAAAAACUAAAUAUAUUAUCUAUCCCCCAAAACAUUUUUAAGUGAAGUAAUUGGAGCUUUAAAUGUCAAUAAUUUGUAAAACCAUUCAUUAUUAUUUUUUGAACAGGGACAGUUUAAAAAAAAACAUGUGUUUAUUGGAUUUUUGACAUAUACAGUCCAGAAAUACAAUUAAACACAUGUCAAAUUUUAUUUUUUUCCUCCACCAAACAAGUAACCCCAAAAAAAACUAUAUAUAAAAUAAAAUAAAAAAUAAUAAACGAGAAAAAAUAAAAAGUACAAGCAAAUAUUGACAUGAAGCCACACUGCACUACACGAUGCAGCAAUGCACAAAUGCAGACAAAAGACUCAUCAAUUAUCUACCGUUCAAUUACUUUUACUUUCCAAUCACUGUUCAAUCAUGGUUAAAUUUUAAAUUUUUAGGAAACCAUCCCAUACUUCCUGAAACUUCACAAAACAAUUGUUCGACAGGGACAGUUUUUUUUAAUUCCCACUAAAGUUUUUGGGCACCCAAAAGGGCCAGCUCAUAAAAGUGUUAAACAUAUAUACAUUAUACAUUUAUUCAUACUUUUUUUUUUUUUACUUCCAAUAAUGAAGUCUUCAGAUGAGUGCUUCUUAAACUUUUUUUUUUUUUUUUUUUACCAAGUACCACCUCAGAAAUCACUCAGCUCUCCAAGUGCCAUAAUGAACAGCAUUAAAUUACUGUAGCGUAGUAGGCCUAAAUAUUCAUUAAAAGCAAGGCAGAGGUUUUAUUUAACAAGUAUAUGUAAUAUUUUUGGCCACCAAGUUUGAACAGUAAGACUGUGUGAAUAUUCAAUUAAGUAAUUCUUUGGCGUACCACUAGAUGGAGCGUAAAACCACCACAGUUUGAGAAUCAACUUCAGAUCUAUCUGUCAAUUAGAAGUUUUUAUCAUUUUUUAAAUUACUUUCUUGUUUGUUCGCGUUAUGCCUUUUUUUGUCAAAGAAAACUUGAUUUAUUUUUUAAUAUGGUAAACACAUAAAAUAUGCAAUAUUUUCCCAAAAAAAAUAUUUAAAAUUGAAAUAAUUAUUAAUAAAAAAAUAUAUACACAAUUCAGGAAAGGUUAAAAAACCCUAGAGUUGAUAAUUACCUGUGAAUUUUUUUAACGUGUUAUCGUUCACAUGCACUCACUUACACCAGAACUGGGCAAAUUAAGGCCCGAGGGCCGAAUGCGGCCCGUUAAGCUUUUUAAUCUGGCCCGCCGGACAUUCCCAAAUAAUUUUUUUAGAUCUUUAAGAUGGAAAGUGUAGCUGCCAUUAUGAUGUGCAGUGAUGUUUUCAAAUGACCGUAAGUCUUGAACUAUACAAAGUAUUUUAAUGGUUGGAAUCUGUACUUUUGCAUGAUAUACUAGUUACUAUGGUAAUCUAAUUAGUUACUAUGGUCAUCUAAGUCACAGCAGCUCAGACGAGGCACCAAGCAGUGUGGGUGGGGAGCGUUUCCACAGAGUGUUUCCACAGCUGCCAGCCUGAAAUGCGGGUGUCAGGGACAGACGCGGAAGGAGAUUUUUACAACAAAGUUCUAAAGCUUAGUGAUAUAUCAGAUAUUUUAGAUUUUAGUUGGGGUUUUUUUUACCCUUCGCGUUCAUAUUUCCUUGUGUUUGUUGCAUUUUUGUUGCGUUUCGCUUGAUUGUAAAAUAUGUCGAUGGAAAGGGGGUGUGACAUUCAUAUGUUGUCAAUAUUCAGUGUUUUAUCCUUCAUAGUUAAUAUUGUAAAUCCCACAUUCGUUAUGGUCAUGUAGUACAUUCUGGGUGUCUCAUUCAGUAAAAAAAUUAAAAAUUCCAUUCCGUCUGUCAUAACGUUUUUAGCAUUCAAUCAGACAUUAUUGUGAGGUUUUGUAUUAGUGUUCCCUAAAAAUAGAUAUACCGGCCCCCAGACAUAUAUUUUUAUUUUUUAAAUUUGGCCUCCCCCGAGUCAAAAUAAUUGCCCAAGCCUGAACGUGAAUGUUGCGCAUGCACGUGUACCACCACACUAAUAAGUCGCUAACCAUAUUACUCCCGUACUUUUGUUAGUAAUACUAGAAAACAAGAAAUAAUGUCGCACAUGCUUUAUGACACACAGCAUCCCAUUAUAAAUCAUAGUAGGGUUGUACGGUAUACCGGUAUUAGUAUAGUACCGCGAUACUAAUGAAUCAUAUUCCGUACUAUACCGCCUCUGAAAAGUACAGGUCCCCCACCCCCCGGACCCCCCGUCGUUGUCACGUCAUGAGCAUGUUCGGCAGCGCACAAUCACAGAGUACUUACAAGCAGACACAGUGUGUAGACAGAAAAGGGAGAACGGACGCAUUUUGGCUUAAAAACUAAAGAUAAAGGUGAAGUUCUAACACUGAAACGCCCACAGGAAGAGGUGCUUUAAGACAUGGCUAGCUAGCUAGCGGCUAAAGACCAGCCGCAGUCGGCAGUGUUUUAGCUACUUCUAAAUCACUAAUCCUCGUCUCCAUGGCGACAAAUAAAGUACGUUUCUUACAAGUAUCAUCCCUCCAGGACGAGGAAUAGCUAAACACGCUUCACUACACACCGGCAUCAAAAUGUAAAUAAACGCCAUGGGUGGAUCUACUCCUAACAUUUACUGUAAUGAUACCAAGUACAGUAGCGUAUUUAGUCAAUAUUACUAUGCUUACAUUGAUAUUUUAUGGCAUCACAAUAUCUUCUUUCAUUUAAAAAGAAAUUAAUAUUUUGUGUAUAAACUCAGGAAAUACGUCCCUGGACACAUGAGGACUUUGAAUAUGACCAAUGUAUGAUCCUGUAACGACUUGGUAUCGGAUUGAUACUCAAAUUUGUGGUAUCAUCCAAAACUAAUGUAAAGUAUCAAACAACAGAAGAAUAAGUGAUUAUUACAUUUUAACAGAAGUGUAGAUAGAACCUGUUGAAAGAGAAAGUAAGCAGAUAUUAACAGUUAAUGAACAGGUAGAUUAAUAAUUAUUUUUUACAGUUUGUCCCAUUAUAAUGUUGACAAAAUAAUAGAAUGGAAAAUGACACAAUAUUGAGCUAAAUUAGGAGCCUUUGUUUGCUUACUUAUUACUAAAAGACAAGUUUUAUUUAAGGACUAAAUUGCAAUAAGAAACAUAUGUUUAAUGUACCCUAAGAUUUGUUGUUAAAAUAAAACCAAUAAUGCAAUUUUUUUGUGGUCCCCUUUAUUUAGAAAAGUAUCGAAAAGUACCGAAAAGUAUCGAAAUAAUUUUGGUACCGGUACCAAAAUAUUGGUAUCGGGACAACACUACAUCAUUUAAGUUAAGACUGUUUGAGUGUGUUUAGGUUUAAAAUAAUUCACAUGAGCUUUCUUGGCAUCUUGACCCUGGAACUGAUUAUAUGUGUUUACAUUAAUUCUAUAUACGCAAUGGAAAAAUACAAACAACAUAAUCGGUUUGGGCUUGGAGGUUCCACUGCACUGUUUCGAUCACGUAUUCAAACCAAAUGUAUGUGCGAUAAAGCAAGUAUGUAAUAAGUGAAGUCCUUAAAGCAACACUUUUACAAUCUCCUUAACACAGAGGUGCUGACACGUCACAGCGCACUGCCAAACUAUUUGGAAAAUCAAUGCAGCUGAUUGGAGUAUACUCAUUCAUCCAUCUGCGGCUGUCACUCAAACCUAUUGAUCCGCCCUGAAAAUGAAGCUCAUUUGCCAGCCAAUCUGUUUGUUAGGAAAAGGAGCUUUGGCCGUUACUGGAUGGCUCGGAAGGAGGGUGAACUGCAGAGGGGAGGGACUCAUAAUGCUACAAGUCAGCAGAAUUGUUGAAAAUUGCUGAGGUGUGCAAAUAAACAUGAGAUGAUGAUGUGAAUAUUGGGGCUUUUGGUGAUGAAAAAGUGCUUUCCUUAAAUCAGGGGUGUCCAAAGUGGGGGUUUGGGUCCGUUUUUUUAUUAUGUCUCUUGGCAUUUUGUAAAAGUACAAGGAUUAAGAAGAGACGGUGGGGAAAAAAAAAAAAAAAAACUAUUAGAAAAUAAUCUAAAUCCAAGUAAUUUGUUGCUGACACCCAAAAUAUAUUACUACAAAAUACAUUUUACAGAGAAUAAUUAUUGUUUUGCAUCCAGAAAAACAAUGUGAAAUACAUAUAAAUGAUGAAUGAAAUGAAUAAAUGAACAUUUAACAUCA